AGUAUUUGGAAACGAAUUAAUAAACUAAUUUCUUUUUUUUCUUUGUUAUUUCACAAAUAAGCCUUUUUUUUAGUUACUUUUCCAAGAACAUUCAUGUACAAACAAAUAAAAAUGGAUUUUGAAUAGUGGCAUGUACAAUCAUAGUUAUUUUGGCUGCCACCAAGGACAUUCAGUUCUUUUAUAUAUUUUCUUCGUUUCAGUUUAAGUGUCGUUAUAAAGUAAAAUUUUAGUUUCAAAAUAAAUGUGUUUUGUAAUUUUAAUAUAAAAUUUAUUGAAUUUAUAUUUCAAUAUAUUUUUUUGUUGGUUGAAAUGUGAUUAAGUAUAUUGGUAAUAAUAUUUUUAUUUUAAUAAAUAUAUAAAAUUAAAUAUAUUUUUUUAACUUUGUGUGCAAGUUUAAAAGAACAGUUAAAAUAAAACAAAAAGAAUAUAUUUUUAAAACAGAAACAUCACUUUUAUAUGCUGAAUACGCAUGAUCACAUAACAUAAAAAAAUACUAUUCUAAAAAUAAGAACGUCAUCUAAUUUAAAACAAAAGAAUUCUUUUAAAAUGUCAUAUAUUUGAAAAUGCCUAGAGUACAAUAAUCCUGAACAUGAAAAAAUAUAUGGACCUUUAUCAAAAAUCUCUUAGCCAAAAGAAAAAUCAAUCAAGAUUAAUCCAUUCAAAUCCCAAAAGAAUGAACCAAAAAUUUCUCUCUAUAUAUUCCCUAUAAAAUUCGAUAACAUCACUAUUGGUGGUGGAUUAAUUUAUACUUUAAUUAUAGCUUAAAAUAUACAGUUUACUGGCUAAAAGAUUACUAUAUAAGAUUUGGAUAUUUGUAUGAAAAAGUCUUCAAGAUAUUCAUUAACUAAGAAUUGUUAUUAUGUAGGUAGAAGCUGUUGAAUAUAUUCCUCAAAAGAAGAAGAAACUCUUUGUCAUAUACAAACACAUUUUCAGUGUGUCAUCUUCCUUGAUUUUGCAUUAACAUUAUUGGACAACCUCCACUAAACCAUAGUUGAGAUUUCUUAUUUAUAGAAUUAUAUGAACUUACUGUAGUUUAGUAUACGAUUUAAUAUAGUUAUUGUAAUACUUUAGUUAUGUUGUUAUAGUAUUUGACCUAACGUGUUUACCAAUUUGUUCAACAGAGAUAUUUAGUAUUGAAGUAUAAACAUAUGUUACUAGAGUCCAUUUAUAUUAAAAUAUGCAGCAUGUUACAAUUUAAAGAAAACGUAUAUUUAAGUUUAAAAUUUGUAUAUGAUUAAGGGCUGAAGACAAAAAUUGAACAGUUUUUCUAAAAAGCCAAAAGAAAAUCAUGACACUAAAAAGACCUUUCUUAUUUACUUUGACUGAUUUUAGGCAGAUGAAUCUAACUGUUAGAGUUUGGCACUUCGUUGAAAUUUGAGAGAGCGAUAUCUAGAAGCAUAAGUAAGAUAAGGAAGCAAGAACCAGCAAAGAAACACUACUAUGUCUGGACAUCUAUUACAAUAAUUCUAUCUUUACAUGUAGCGAAACAUAAAAUAAUACACACUUUUUGUUUGAUUCUAUCACUCGAAUAAAAAUUGUUUGAAGAAAGAUCAAAAGGAAAGACUUAAAGAGACAGAGAACUUGGAUGACUUUAGUUAGGAAUUAAUAACAAUAAAAUAAACUAGAGCAAAGACUCUUAAGCUAAAGUGAAUUCGGACCCCUUUGAGAUUAAGCUUGUUUGAUGAAAUCUCAACAACCGUCUGAUUGUAAUAUACCAGCUUCCACGUUUCUUCGUCUUCUUCCUUAUUCCUCCAUUUCAGAUUCUCGCAUAAUAUCUCUAUUACUAUGAUUUUCUCAUGAUCAACACUUUUAUGUUAUUGUAGAAAAUAAUUAAAUGAAAACAUUUCAUUGUACCAACAACGGAUUAGCGAAAAAAACGUUAUACCAUAAUCCUCAUUAUAUGAUUGAUUAAUUAGACAAAGAUACAUAAAGCUAAUUAUCUGUACAACGAGUUAGAAAAUAAAUUAUACGAACAUAACUUGUUAACAUGUAGCUAAUAAUUUGCACCAAAUGUUAGCAAAAAAAAAAAAAAAAAAAACAUGUAGCUAAUAUUGAAUAAGAAAUUGCAUGCAAUAAUAUACUCCAUAAAGUGUAUGGAUUUUAUAUUGUUUUAUUACUACUAGCAGGUUUGAGUUACAAUAAACGACACAUAAUCCCACAAAGGAAUAGGUCCAAAUAAUUGCAAGCGACACAUAAAUGAACGUUGGUCCUACAAUGUAGUAGCAGCUGAACGAAACUUUAUUUUUUCUAAAAUUUUUUAUUUAUUUUUUCUUUGAUAAUUUCUAAACACAACGUACCAACCAAGAUUCUAACCAAACCGGACCAUAAAGAACUCCCACAAAAAGCUGUUUUGCUCAGUCACCCUAUAAAUACACCCUCAAACCCCAUCUCUCCACAUAAACACAAACACAUCAACCUUAAACAAAUUUACAGUUUUUUUUCUUACAUCUUGGUGUGUUCUUGUUCUAACUAAUGGGAGGCAACAGCAGAAAGAAGUUCUCUCUCUUCAGCUUCUUUAAAUCACGAAGGUCAUCUCAUAUGAUUGAAGCAGACGCAUGGGACGACGGCGUAUACACAAGAAAGGCAUGGGCCAGCGACGAGGACAAGCGAUAUUGGGUGGCUGAGCCAGGUAUUGACCGUAAGGCUUCUGCCUUUAUCGCCAAGUUCCAUGCCUCUCGUGUUUCUGAGUCCGAGUGCCAAACUCUCCCUCCUUGCCACUCUCAUCAUAACUAGCAAUCAUCACAAUCAUCAUCAUGAUGAUGAUAAAUGAAAGAAUGCUAAUAGCUAGCUUAUUUUGUUUGGUUCUAUGUAUAUUCUCUUUUAUUUGAUGUUCAUGAUGAUGUCCUUACGAUGAUUUGUUUAUAAAAUGUGUUAUAUGCAGUUUAAGUUAAUUCUAUCUUACAUUAAUUACUA